AUGGCUGCUGCUCCGCCCGGCCAGCCCUGCAAGCGGUGCAAGGUCGAGAAUGCCCCCUACAAGCUGCGAAAUCUCGCCACAUGCCGCGACUGCUACGUCGAGCACGUCGUCGGCAAGUUCCGCAGGAGCAUCGGCACCAUGCACAAGGACAUUCGCGCGUCGGCCGACCUCGCCCCGCGCCGCUACCUCGCCGGUCUCUCCUUUGGCGUCUCCUCGACCUGCCUCGCCCAGAUGCUCGACGACAGCGCCCGCCACCACGCCGCCAAGCAGUCCUCGAGCGCGUUUGAGCCGCUCAUCCUUCACGUCGACACGGACCUGACCGCCACCAUCGACGAUGACACCACACCCGCGCGGCGCCUGCUGGCUCGGUACCGCCAAAAGUACCCGCACGUCUCGUUUGACUGCGUGCAUCUCUCCAGAGCCGUGGCGCUUAAAACGGUCGACUGGUCGACUCUGAUGCCUGCUGAUCAAGCAUCAGCAAGAGUUAAGGACGGGGACGCAGGGGCUAGCGACGCUGACAGGCUGCGCCGCGUGUUUGACGCCCUGCCAUCCGUCACCUCGCGCGCCGACGUCCUGCGGCUGCUUGUCCGCCACAUCCUCAUCGACGCCGCUCGCACACGCGGCUACGACGUCGUGCUGCUCGGCCACAGCACGUCGGCGCUCGCGGCGCUCACCCUCGCCGAGGUCGCCAAUGGGCGCGGCUUCUCCGUCCCUGGACAAGUCGGCGACGGCCUGCAGACUGUCUGCGCGUACGACGCCGCCGGCAACGAGACAUCACGUUCCUCGUUUCCCGUGUACUAUCCUCUGCGCGAGGUGCUCAAGAACGAGCUCGUCGGCUACGUGGAUUUGAUUCCGGCGCUGGUCGAGAUGAAGGAGGAGGGCCUGGUGGACGGGCUGACGAGCUGCGGGAGCCAGGUCGUCUCACACCGGGACGUGAGCAUUGAAGAGGUGAUGCAGCGGUACUUUGACGGCGUCGAGGGCCCGUAUGCAGGUAUCGUGGCGAAUGUGGUGCGCACGGCGGACAAGCUCGACCGCGCGGCGGGUGGCGCGUUUUGCCGGCUCUGCGGCAUGACGCUUGACGAGUCGGGCGAUGACCGCUGGGCGGGGGACUUGGGACGAGACUCUGGUGACUCGGCGGCCGCAAAUCUCAAGGGUAAACUGUGUUAUGGUUGUAGACGGUCCGUCAGUGGCUGA